ACAACAAGCAUCAGUGCAUCACCGACUCGAACCACUCGCGCUACUAACCAACCCUAGUUUCCUUUUUUUCACGUAACGUUCUUGCCGUAUUCUUUUUUACUACCACAAGCCAUCAAUUAGCCAACGUGAUAAUGACACCUGGACUUGAUCAGUCCUCUCAUUUUCUUAUUUUCCUCCUCCGUGUCUCAUCAUCAUCAUCAUCAUCAUCUGAAUGUCUUUAAAUAAAUAAAGUUGAAAAUCCGGUUUCUCUCUCUUAUCCGCUCCACAUCGCUUGGCCGCCGCCGUCCGCCGUCGCUGUCCACCACCAGGUUUCAAAAUCCCUUCGUCGCAAGUCGACCUCCAUUACCCAAUUUAUGUUAUAAGAUUGAAUUGGAUGUUAGAGGUUCAAAUUUGUCUUGUUUGUUCGUCAGAUACCGGUAAAGAGAUGCUUUUUAGAAGUAAAGGGUGAUGCUUUUUAUCUUUUUGGCCAAAAAGAGAUUUGAGAGUGUGCAUAUUGGAGCUGAAAGGUAGAACGGAGGUUUUGUAUAGUAGGGUGUGACUGUGACCUACUUAUUAGAGCUGAAGGUGUAGUAAUAAUUAUAACAGAAGCCUGGUUCAUCAGAUCUUUCAUCAAUGUCAGAAGGUAAUUUGGCCGUCAUGAAACCAGAGACGAUGAAGUCCUACAUAUGGCUUCAAACUGCUGAUGGCUCAAUCCAGCAAGUAGAACAAGAGGUUGCAAUGUUCUGUCCCAUGAUAUGUCAAGAGGUAAUACAGAAGGGUGUUGGAUCUUCUAAGAAUCAUGCAAUAUCGCUUCCACAGCGAGUUAAGCCAGCUAUGUUCAGCUUAGUUCUUGAUUAUUGCAGAUUUCAUCAGAUGCCUGGACGUUCAAACAAGGAACGGAAAACUUAUGAUGAAAGAUUCAUCCGAAUGGACACAAAGAGGCUCUGUGAGUUAACAUCAGCCGCUGACAGUUUGCAGCUGAAGCCUUUGGUUGAUCUUACUAGUCGUGCACUUGCACGAAUCAUUGAAGGCAAAACCCCUGAGGAGAUACGAGAAAUAUUUCAUUUGCCUGAUGACUUUACUGAGGAAGAGAAAUUAGAGCCCCUGAAGAACACGAUGGAUGAUCCACGGAUUCGACGACUGAAUCGAUUGUCAAAGAAGAGAAAGGAGCUCAAAGAAAGACAGAGAUUGAAGAAUGUUGAGGUUGAAGAACAUGUGGAUGAACGUUCUGUGGAUGACCUGUUAUCAUUUAUUAACGGCAGAGAUCCCAAGGCGGUAAAGAAAAAGAAGAAGAAGAAAAAGAAGGAUCAGAAGAUUGUUUCUUCAUAUGACAUUCAUGAAAAGGGAUCACAUCAUCUUCAUUCCAAACAACAAUGUGUUGAAGAGGCCGGGUCCAGCAUGAGACAGGUACCCAACUUACCUAGUGCAGAAGAUGACAUUUAUACGCCAAAGUCCGGGUCUGAAGAUGAAGAUGUAGACGAUGAAAUCGAUCCAGCCAUGAGGGAAAUGCUUGAUAGAGAGGUAGAAGAUUUUGCUCAAAGACUGAACGCCAAUUGGGUUCGGUCGCUAGGACAAGAAAGAAGGCCUGUACACUUCUCCAUAAAUGGCAACGGGACUACAAGACGGCAUACAGGUUUUAGACAUACUCUAGAUGACUGACGGGGUUAUGGUUUGAACUUAAAGGUCAAUCUCCAUGACACAAUUGAAGCUGAAAAUGAAACAGUUUUGGUUAUGUAUGUGAGCAAAUAGAGAGAGAGAAUGGUUCACUAGUCACCACCGGCGGUUGAUGCGUGUCCUCAUGUAACAGUUUUGAUUUUGAAUGUUUAACAUUCUAGUGAUCCGUCCUUUUCUUUGUAAAACCACGUGUAAGUUAUUUUAGUUGUUAGAAUUCUACGUUAAGUUAUUUUGUUUUAGCAUCAGAAAUUUAUCAUAGACACACUCUCUUGUAUCACACUAUUGCGAGUGUAAUAAAUGGUUUAAGUUCCUUA